AUGGGGAUCAUGGAAGCUGGCCUGCUGGCUUUUUGGCAGGGGAGGGUUGGCCUUAUUGUAGCAGCUGCUGCCACUGCUCCUUCUAUCACAGCCACCAUUAUCUGGCAACACCUGUCCUCCGGGAUCACAAAGUUGGGGGCGCUGGAUGGGCAGAGAUGGGGAAAGGCAGAUGAUGAUGAUGGAGGGGUUGCUGCCUUGAACCUUCUUCCCUGUGAACCUCCUCCUUCUCGACCACCUGCCUUCUCCCUGUGUCACCCCCGUUCAUCCCCAGGACCAGGUGACAAAAAUGCAGCAAGCUGGUCCUUCACUAUCUACACGUGCCAUUUCCACAUCAUAUUGCUUCUGAUCAAGAAGCUGAAUGAUGAGAACAGUUUUCAUCCAGAAAAGAUGGCACCACUCAUAGCCCUUGUGCUGACUAGAUGUGGAAUUACUAUCACAGCCUUGGACAAAGCUGUGUGGCUGGGUGAAGGCUGGUUUGGGUUCAUGGAGUCUUCUAUUUUUAGUUUUACUUGCAGCAAUCUUGAUAGACCAGGGAGUUCUUAUGAGGAGCUACCCAAGGGUGUGGAUGACCUCGCCCUCUCCUGCUACAGCCACUGCAAUUAUUCAGUGGGGACUCCAUGUGGAGCUUUCCCCAUGCUCCUGGACCAACAGGAAGCUCUUUGGGCCCUUACAGGAAGUAAGGUGACCAGAUAUGAUGGCCCUUAUUCAAAGGGGAGCAAAGACUCUGGUGGGCUCGAUACGUCUCUGGUUUGCCGAAGACAAAGUAUUCCAGAGGAAUUCAGAGGGGUCACCAUCGUGGAGCUGCUAAAGAAAGAGGGAAGCACUUUGGGAUUAACAAUAUCUGGUGGGACUGAUAAAGAUGGAAAACCAAGAGUUUCUAAUCUGAGGCCUGGAGGGCUGGCUGCAAGAAGUGACCAACUCAACGUGGGUGAUUACAUCAAGUCCGUGAAUGGGAUUAACCUGACAAAAUUGCGCCAUGAUGAGAUCAUCAGCCUGCUGAAGAACGUUGGGGAGAGAGUGGUGCUGGAGGUGGAGUAUGAACUGCCGCCAUCUGCACCGGAAAGCAGUUCAGGAAUUAUUCCCAAAACCAUAGAUGUUUCCCUGUUCAAGGAAGGCAAUAGCUUUGGCUUUGUCCUUAGAGGAGGAGCACAUGACCACUGGCCCAAAUCCAGACCAUUAGUCCUCACCUAUGUGCGACCAGGGGGCCCAGCGGACAGGGAGGGGUCCUUGAAAAUUGGAGACAGGCUGCUGAGCGUCGAUGGAAUUCCUUUGCACAAUGUGACGCAUUCUGAUGCCCUGAACAUCCUGAGGCAGUGCAACCAAGAAGCACUCUUUCAGAUUGAGUACGAUGUCUCCAUAAUGGAUACUGUAGCCAAUGCUUCAGGUCCUUUAUUAGUGGAAAUAGCCAAGACUCCAGGGUCCACUCUGGGAAUCUCACUAACUACUGGCACCCAUCGGAAUAAACAAGUAAUAGUCAUCGACAAGAUCAAGCCGGCCAGCGUGGUUGACAGAUGUGGGGCUUUACAUAUUGGAGACCACAUCCUAGCUAUUGAUGGGACCAGCACUGAGCACUGCUCCUUGCUAGAGGCAACUCAGCUUCUGGCCAGCACUGCAGAGAAUGUCAAGCUGGAGAUCCUUCCUGCUCACCAGAGCAGGCUCCCCCUGAAGCCUCCAGACACAGUUAAGGUGCAAAAGAGCGACCACCAUCACUGUUGGGACCCUUGCAUCAGCUCCUGCCACACUCACCAUCCAGGCCACUGCAAGACCCCCUCCUGGAACCAAAUCUCCAGUCAGGAUUACAGCAAAUCUCUCAUUUCAGCCACUUUCUCCUCUCCAAUGAUGAACACACAGGGUUUCCCCUGUCAGAACUCAAAUACGCUACCUCGGAGUGCCCAUCCCAUGAGCCCCCAGGCAACCAUGAUGAGGAGAAGGCAGAGGAGAAAGGAAUACAAAAGCUCAUUGUCUUUAGCCUCCAGCACUGUGGGUCCUGGUGGUCAAAUUGUCCAUACUGAAACAACAGAAGUGAUCCUGAGGGGCGAUCCACUGAAUGGCUUUGGACUCCAGCUGCAGGGCGGGAUCUUUGCUACCGAAACCCUGUCUUCCCCACCUCUUAUCCGAUUUAUUGAACCUGACAGCCCGGCUGAGAGAUGUGGACUGCUGCAGGUCGGAGACCGAGUGCUUUCCAUCAACAGCAUCGCCACUGAAGAUGGAACCCUGGAGGAAGCCAACCAGUUGCUGCGCGAUGCAGCUCUCUCUAACAAAGUCGUACUGGAGGUAGAAUUUGACGUGGCAGAAUCUGUUAUACCAAGCAGUGGGACCUUCCACGUGAAGCUACCCAAGAAGAGAGGAGUGGAACUAGGAAUAACUAUAAGCUCUGCAUGCAGGAAGGCUGGUGAUCCCUUAAUCAUCUCUGACAUCAAGAAGGGAAGUGUGGCCCAUAGAACUGGCACCCUGGAGCCCGGGGAUAAGCUGUUAGCCAUUGAUAACAUCCGACUUGACAACUGUUCCAUGGAGGAUGCGGUCCAGAUUUUAAGGCAAUGUGAAGAUCUGGUGAAGCUGAAAAUUAGGAAGGAUGAAGAUAACUCUGAUGAGCAGGAAACAACAGGCGCCAUCAUCUACACUGUGGAGCUGAAGCGGUAUGGGGGCCCAUUGGGGAUCACCAUCUCAGGAACAGAGGAGCCUUUUGAUCCAAUUGUCAUUUCGGGAUUGACCAAGCGAGGACUGGCAGAAAGGACUGGAGCCAUCCAUGUGGGUGACCGCAUAUUAGCCAUUAACAAUGUGAGUCUUAAGGGCAAACCCCUAAGUGAAGCCAUCCACCUUCUCCAGAUGGCUGGGGAAACUGUUACUCUGAAGAUCAAGAAACAAAUGGAAAGUUCUUAUGUGCCUCAGGCAGUUGGCAUCACCUUACACCCCAGUGAAUGGAGGUCCAGUAGGCCGAAGAGCAGUCCUCCCCCGGGGGAGCCGAGAAAAACUUAUCCCUAUCCAGAUGGGGGCUUCAGUGAAGAUGAAUGGGACAAACCCACUAGAUUUCCCAGCCGCCAAAAUGGCCUGGAGACCACUCACGAGGACAAUUUUUGGCGUGUUUUUGGAGAAGCUUUGGAGGACUUGGAAACAUGUGGCCAGUCUGAGCUUUUGAGGGAGAUUGAGGCAUCCAUCAUGACAGGGAGUGUGCACAGCUUGGGCCUCGAAGGGAGCCCAUUAAUCAUGGAUUCGGUGGGACAGCCAGGGCUGAGUUCCCUGAGGAAAGGGAUUUCCCACCACCGGGCCAAAGGGCAGAGCAAUGACCACGCUUCGCCCCCCAAGAAAAGUGAGAGGAGCUUGGAUAUGAAGAUGAUCAAGGAAGAGAUGCAGGAAAUCAUGUCUCCGACCCCCCUUGAAUUACACAAGAUGACACUUCACAAGGACCCAGUGAGUCAAGACUUCGGAUUCAGUGUCUCUGAUGGCCUGCUAGAGAAGGGUGUCUAUGUCAACAUGAUUCGUCCAGAUGGUCCAGCUGAUCAAAGUGGCCUCAAACCCUUUGACCGUGUCCUUCAGGUAAAUCACAUCCGAACUAGAGAUUUUGACUGCUGCCUGACUGUGCCGCUGAUUUCUGAGGCUGGAGACAAAUUGGAUCUGGUCAUCAGUCGAAACCCUCUGGCACUUGCUGCUCAGCGAGUGGAAAACAGACAGGGGUCUGACCAUCUCUUCUUGGGUUUUGAAAGCAAGAACAGCACACAGAUGCUCUGAAGAUUAGAGCUACAGGUGGAAGAGCUCUUCAGCUCCUUCUGUGGCAGAGAUUCUGGUGAUGUCGAAUAUGAUUUUUCCUUUCUGCA